AUGAACGGCGGGUAUUCACCACAACCACCACCAAGAAGAUAUAAUAGUACAUUGAAUGUGGAUUGUGUUGAUGGAGUUUAUCGACAAGCUCAACAAGUCAGCCCGUUGACCAAGGUUUGUAGAUAACUUAGAUUUUUAGAAUGUCUGAAAAAGAUCAGGGUGAGCUAAAGUUUAGAGAACCAAAAAAAAUAAAUUGGCUCAUUUUCAUUUUUUCUGAAUCGGUACAAUUUUUAGAAAAAGUCGAAUUUCAAUUAAAAAAUUCGGAAAAAAAUCCUUUUUUCUUGGGUCUGUGAGGGAAAUUUUUAAAAAUUGAUUUAAUUUUUAGAAAUUCUGAAACUGAUCUGGAUAUUUAACAGAAAUCGGGCAAUCGAAAGAAAAUCCUAAAAAAAAACAUAAAAUUUUCAGCAAGUAAAUCAUUUGGCGUACGAGAUUCCGAAAAAUAAAUACGCCCAGAACCCAUGGAAUUAUGCUCCGGAAUUUUUGAAAGUUUUUGGUGAUUUGCGUGUACAUAUUGGUGGAAGAGCUGUUUUUGAUUGUGUUUUGUUGGGAAGUCCAAGACCCAAGGUAAGCGGUUUUCUGGGAAAUUAUUUUCGAGUUACCAGAAUUCUACGAGAGGUUUAUCAAAAUAAUUAGAUAUGAUUUCCCUGGAUAGAAAUUCUGUGAAAUAUAAAAUGUUCCCAGAAAAACAGAAAGUUAUUCAAAAUUCCUAGAACAUGUAAAAUUCAGGUUUGCUGGCUAUUCAAUGAGGACAAAAUGCGUUUCACAGAUGUAAUAAUCGAAGAUACAGCAGAUGUUUGUCGUCUAACAAUUCCAUACGUUCAACCACAUCAUUUCGGAAGUUUCACAGUUUUGUGCGAAAAUGAAGUUGGUCGUGCAACAGCUCAAGCCAAUCUAAUGCCUCUUUAUGAAUAA